AUGUCAACCGAUCAAAAACGUCAAGAAGUCGCCACAUGGCUACAAUCCUGGUACGACGUGGCAGAUAAAUGCGUCCCGCCCAACAGCGUCAAGUUCUUCGCGGAAGACUGUGUCGUUCGCUUCAACAACGCCCCACCCGUCCACGGCGUCCCCAACGCCCAAAAAGAAUUCGAAUCCAUAGCCCCCAUCAUCGCAUGGAUGAAGCAUGAAAGCCUUGAUUUCGACAUCGUCGACAACAAAAUCUACAACGAGUGCAACGUAACGUAUGUUUUGAAAGGAGACCCGGAGGAGAAGCAGAUCACGAUGCAUCGGUUCAAUUUCUACGAGCGGAACGCAGAGGGGAAGAUCACCAAGUGGACGGCGUACUUUGAUAGCUCGCCGAUGAAGGAGCGGAUGGCGAAGAUCAAGCCUGGAUCGAGGGUCUACUGA